UUUAUACUGUAGAUUAAUAGAUUUGUCAGAAAAUUCAUGCUGAAUGUACAAUUCAAAGGAAUAGUGUGGAAUAACCUUUUAUACUUGUGACUUUGACAAACUGUUUUUUGACACGUUUGUUAACAAAACGGAAGCCUAACCACAAAUGACAGGAUGUAGCCUCUGCAUCAACUUGUCACUAGAAGGUGGAACAGUAUCCAUUUUGAAGGUCACAUUUCAAUAUGGCAUGUGUUGUUCUCGCUCUUCUUACAAUCUUACCAGUGGUGAUGGGAGAUACCACUGGUUACCUGGGAGAUUCGGUCACCUUGUCUUCUGGAGCCAACUCAUCCUGGAUCUUGAGCAAGAUAGAGUGGUAUAUAUUCAGCAACAACACCUGGAUUGCAACGUACAGGAAAGAACCACACAUUCUCAAAACAGACCGUUUCUGGCAGUUUCAGGGUCGUCUAAGACUCAACAUCUCGUCCGGGGACUUAGAGAUAAGAGAUGUGAGGAUAGGGGAUGCCCUGGUUUACUCUGUUCUCCUGAAAGACUAUAAGGGAGAGCAGCAUAGCGUAUCUGUCCAGCUCACUGUGAGAGAGCGUCUCAGCAAGCCCAGCGUCCGUAAGGUCUUCAGCAUGUUGAAGCACAGCCAUUGUGUGAUGGCUCUUCAGUGCUCCUCUUCAGUGAAGGACACCCACCUCUCCUGGGAACCAGAGGCUGCGUUUGAGGAUGCCUUCUGGAAGGGGAAUCCCAACACCAACGUCUCUGUCGUCUGGACGUCUUACAGCCCCAACAGAAAUGCCACCUUCACCUGUACUGCCAGCAAUGGGCUCUCUAAAGCCUCCAGGGUUGUGACGGAGAGAUGCCAAGGUACGGUCACUUCUAGGGCCAGGAUUCUUUCCCCGGGAACACAUGAUCUGACCAGAAAAACAGUGGUGAUUUCAUCAUUCUAUGGGCAGGGAGUUCUUACGCUGGUCAAGCUUGCUGUUGUGUUUGAGAACAGUAUUUGUCUUACAGUGAGGUAUUUGGACAAUGACACAUUUUGGUUGUUUCAGAUUAUUUUGUGCCCUAUAGAAAUGAAUGGUAAAUAAUGUAUUGUAUCAUUUUGGAGUCACUUUUAUUGUAAAAAAAAAAGAAAAAAGUAGUGGGUGUGGUCAAUGGCACAGUUUUAGAGGCUCUCCUCAUGGCCGCAUAUACAAAUGUUUUCCAUUUUAUAGCUAAUUUCCUGCAAUUAUACACAUUUUGCCAUGGCUUACGCCGUGUCCUAAUGCUAUCUGAGUGACUUAAACAUUAAAACAAAAUCAAUGGGUGCCCCAUGCCAUGACAUUUUUGGAAUUUCAGAUUUUCAGAUUUUUCUUAUUUUGGUGAUAGUUCUCAAAGAUGAUGUUAUUUAAAAACAUUUUGCCCCAUUAUCUUUUCUACAGACUUCAUAUCCGGUUUAAGUCGUGUAAGUUUACACUGAAAAAGCUUGAUGUAGUCAUUGCAUGCUAGGAAUAUGGGUCCAAAUACUAAUCUUUUGACUACUUUACAACAACACAAUUGUCACUUUCCAAAUAUUUUUGGACCUGACUGUAUUUCUAUUCUCUCCCUGUCUCCUCAGAGCCCGACAUGGUGGGAGAGACCCGCUUCCCUGGAAUAGUUUUUCUAAUGUUGCUCUUAGGAAUUGUGUUUGGAUGUGUUUUAACAUAUAUUUGUUUUAGAGUUGAGUUAAAAGUAUUCCCCGUACCAACUUUGUAAACUUUGUUUUCAUGUGCAUGAUGCCUUGCUUAAAAUUGAUGUAAAAAAUGAAAUUCGCUGCAGCUGAUUUGCUUGGUCCUUUCUUGCUGCAGCUUUCUGCGGAGUAAUUGACACAGGUUUUUUAACUGACAAUUAUCUUGGGUGUUAUCCCCAGGGUUUGGAAGGCGGCCCGUGUUCUCCCUCUCCACAAAGGUGGUGAGAUACCAAACCCGGUCUCAGGGAUGGCUAACUCUGGAGAUCCCUUCGAUCUCCAAUGAGUUAGGUAAAUCUGAUUUGAGUUAUCUUGAACUUUACUUGUGGAAAGAUCUCCAAGGCUUUCUAAAGUUGGGUGAAUUGGGGCCUCUAGGGGCAAUUCAAAAGGCUAAUUGAGGACCUUUAUACUGAAGAAUGUAUUUGUUUUCUAUGACUGUUUAGCUUUUUGUAUAUUGAUGUGCUUAUGAACUGUAUAUUGAUGUGCUUAUGAACUGUAUAUUGAUGUGUAUACAGGGUUCAUCUUUAAAAUAGACCUUGGUCUUAGCAUGACUCCCUGUUCAAAUAAAGCUGAAUUAUUAUUUA